UCGCACGAUCGAUUCUCGCUCUGUUCGUAAAGAAUUCGACAACAUCGGAAGCUCAUCGAUUCGUGAAAUGAAUUCGGUCGACCCUGUGUGAGACGAUUCCUGCAGUCUCGAAGUGCUUGGUGUCCUGAGAGUUUUUGCGGAAUUGGAGUACUCCAUCAGGAUCGUAAUAUCUCCUUAGAAUCAGUCUGCUCACGGUCUCCUCGUUUGGCGAAUUCCGAAUGAUGAAGAGCGCUCUGUUUUGGCUCAUUUUGGGCGUCAUAGGCUCUUUAGGAGUCAAAGCCCUGCUCCCGGCGUGUGAUUCGAAGGAUUUCAAUGAAACGCCCUUCGUCUUCAUGGUUCGAAUGUGCGAGACUACUGAAGAGACGAAGAAAUUCACGAAGUCCCUCCUGUCUGAGGUUCUGACCGGGGAAAAAGCCCCCAACACGCACCCCAUUCUUCAGGAAUAUGUCAGUCACUUCGACAUGACGGCCACAGGUUUCUGCAAAGAGCUGAAAGCUAAGCACGAGAUCGCAUGGAAGGAGGCGUCAAAACCCGAAUAUCCCUUCGCAGAUGACAUAUAUCACGUACUCAUUUGCUUCCGCGACGAGCUGAAAUCGUUCAUCGAUUCGAAUCCAGCGGAACUUCAAGGUCUGCAAGAAUCGUCUUUAUCGGAACUUAAAUGGCUCGUCUCCAACUCCGAGCGACUUCAUCAGGCCAGCGACAAGGACUUGAAGAACAUAGAGUGAUCGCGCGGUCGGCUUCCCCGAGCUCUGACGGCAUUCCGCGAUCUCCGCGCGUAAAGGCUAAAGUAUCGUCCACCCCUCGAGUUGGUUGGGCUGCGAAACGACAUUGAAUCUCUAGAACCCACUGUCCAUCACCCGUGAUAGGUCGAAGAUCGGUGUCCUCUUCAGUUCAUCCGAAGAUCGGAGUCGAUGACGGGGAUUACAUCCCGGGUGAGCCAACCUCACCGUCUCUCUAUCAUCCUGUUGUGCACACAGUUGCCUCGGGUCAACGAACCCUGGACUAUUAUUCAUAAAGUCAGGUCAUGACGAUU